CUUUAUUAUUGUAUAGUUUGUUUAUUUAGAUUAUAAUAGUUACAUUAUUGUUUGCAUGUAUAACUAUAAUAUUAUAGUUUGAACUUUUAAAGUUUCCAAGUUCCAUGUUGAGUGUAUAAAUAGCCACUGCAAAAGUGUAUUUUCCUGUACCAAGAAAAAUUAUAAUCGUUCGAGAUGGGAUGCGAUGGUGGAACUAUACCCAAGAGGGACGAGCUGGUACGAACCAAAAAGAAACCAGAACAGAAAGAUAAAUCCUCCAUGCAGUUGUACCGUUGGCGUAAUUGUCACUUGACUCAAGGACCACUUCGACCGCCAAUAGUCGCUUGUGGCAUGGGUCUCUUGUAUAGUAAAGAAUCUGUUUUACAGCAUUUAAUAAACAAAACUCCAUUUCCUGAAGCUUCAGCACACAUCAAGGGUUUAAAAGAUAUAAAAGUUUUGAAAUUGACUUCCAAUCCUGCAUUCAACAAAAAAGCUCAAAGUGUUGGUGGAUAUAUUGACGAUAAUUGUUCACCUUACAUAUGCCCUCUUGUUGGUCUUGAAAUGAACGACAGAUCAAAAUUCUGUUUCUUAUGGAAAUGUGGAUGUGUUAUUUCUGAGAGAGGUCUUAAGCUAGGUGCUGAUAACAAGUGUGUCAAUUGUGUAAAGGAAUAUGACGAUGAUGAUAUAGUUGUGUUGAAUCCGACCGAAGAAGAUAUAACUUUAAUGAAAACUAAAUUGGCUAGACGCAAAGAUAAGAUUAAGAGUGAAAAAAAUUCUGAGAAAAAUAAAGUCAAACAAGAAGUUGUAAUUAAAGACGAACCAAUUGAAGAUGAAGAUGAAAAACCAAUUGUUCCAUCCAUCUUACCUAUUAAAACUGAAAACAUUGAUAUCAAGAAAGAAAUAAAAAAGGAACAAAUAAAGAAAGAACAAAUAAAAAGACCAAUCACUAGUGCUGCAGGAUCAAGUUCCUCCGUUGGCUCUGGUAAUUGCCGCAAAUUAGAAGAUCCUGUGUAUAAAAAAGCAAAACUUGCACAUAGUAUUUCUAAAGACAAAUCAGCAACCAAUGUAUACAAGUCAUUAUUUACAAGUCAUGAGGACGACAAAAAUCAAACUCGGGCUCAUUGGAUUACUUACAAUCCGUUCUAUAAUUAAACACGAAACUCGUAUUAUGUACAUUUAUAACCAUUUAAUUUUUUCCCUUUAAAAAUGUUUACACUCCAUAUUUUGUCUCUUGAAACCUUUUUUUAUUUUUAAUAAUUCAAUUUAUUAACUAAAAAACAAAAUUCAGAGUAAAAUUAUACUUAACCUUGUUCUGUAUAACAUAUUAAAAAAUAAAUAAUAGGUAAUGGAUAAGUACAUGUGUUAAUUGUUUAAAACGUGUGAAUAAUUUUGAUCUCAAUAUUGAUAUGUGACCAUCAAAAAUUAAACAUAUGUUAGUGUUUUUCUAGUAAUUUAAAAUUGAGGUAUAAAAUCACUUUUUUAUGAGAAUUCUAUUUAAUAAAUAACAUCUAAAUGAAUAACUUCUCUUAAUUAUUUUAUUUAACAAAAUUAUUAAGUACAAUUUGCUUCAGUUGACAAUUAUUAAAGAAGAAAUUAUUACAAAGUACAAACAAAACAUAAAAAAUACAUUACUUAAAACUGCUGACUAGUGUUAACAUUUUUUUUUUCAUAAACAAUCUACAUUGUCAAUUACAUUAAGUUCUCUUUGGAUCUCUUAUAGUGCCCUGUGUUUAAUGAAUCGGACCAUCAGGAAUGGAAGUCCAAAC